UGCGAAGAAUUGAAGAUGAACUGUUUGGUUGAUCGCCUUAUAGAUUUAGGGCAUUGGCCAUUGGCGAUAGCUAUCUGCCGGUACAUUAAAGAACCCUCAAAGAAAGGCAUACACCGUAUUGAAUCUGCGAAAUCUGAAAAGGAAGCAGGAAAGACGCCUAAUUUUAAAAGUUUAUCAGAAGUGAUUGCCAGCAAAUUCGCCGAUUACCCAGAAGUUAGCUUUGCAGAUGUGGCCAUGAAAGCUGCAGAUGCUAAUUUGAAUGAAUUGGCCGAAUUCCUGCUGGAGAAAGAAACACACCUCAGCAGGCAGGUGGAAAUGUUGUUGAAGCUGAACAAACCUGAGAGGGCUUUGGCAAAGGCGGCACGAAGCCAGAAACCCGAUUUGCGUAAGCAGCCAAAUGAAGCGAUUUUCUGUGUUCUGUUGAAUCCCAGAAAACGUAUCUGCACACUUAAUUCUUCACCAGUUUUAGUCCACUUUGUUCUGGCGCAUUUGAGACAAACACAGAAGAAAGAAGUCAUCGAUCAUUUGGUGCUCAAAUUACCGCCGGCGCUUUGUCUGUAUCAGGAUUACUUGAAGGAAGAAGCGCCUCGUCAUCUACUGGCUCUCUAUAUUCAAAAAGAUGAUUUCGCCCGUCAGACGCUCUAUUACUUGAAGGAGUCGCAAUCAACGCCUUGGAAUCCUUUUGACAAUAAGGAUAAAAUAGAUGGGUUACUGAAGGCCGAGAAGAGCUUGAUCAAUUUGAAGAAGCAAGCGACAGCACUGUUAGUCGCGGAAACCUCGGAACUUCUUCGGCUAUGCGAAACUUUAGAUGGGAAACCGGAUUUCAGUGAUGUUGACAGGACCAGUGUUAGAAGCGUUUAUAUGUGGUCUGUGGCACAUGAAGAAGAUAUUUUGGCUGAACAGCUGCGGAAGAACUUUAAAAUUCCGGAGAAGGCGUGCUAUAUGUGGAAGAUAGAAAGUUUUGCUCGGCAUAAGUUGUGGCAUCAUGUGGAAAGUUUAUUCAGGUCGAAAAAAGUCAUCACGAGUUACAUGGUAAUGCGCUUCACAGCUCCAUUCUACAAAUUAAUCGAAUAUGGAACUGAAUUCAUUUAA